AUGGGUCUCCUUCACUUGGUCGAAGACCGUCCCACUCCCAAGGAUGUCUACAACUGGAGAGUCUACUUUUCCGCGGCGGUGGCUGCGUCUGCUGCCAUGAUGAUCGGGUACGACUCCGCCUUCAUCGGGGGUACUCUCGCCUUGACGUCGUUCAAAGACGAAUUCCACUUCGACAACCUCUCCAAGUCGGCAGUCAACCUCCUUUCAGCCAACAUUGUCUCCUGUUAUCAAGCAGGUGCCUUUUUUGGCGCCUUUUUCGCCUAUCCCGCCGGCCACUUCCUUGGACGAAGAAUCGGACUCCUCAUCUUCGCCGCCGUCUUCGUUCUUGGUGCAGGGAUGAUGUUAGGAGCCAAUGGAGCCCGUGGCCUGGGUCUCAUUUAUGGAGGCCGUGUGCUUGCUGGGAUAGGAGUUGGUGGGGCGUCAAACCUCUCGCCGAUCUAUUGCGCUGAAAUCGCCCCUCCGGCCAUCCGUGGCAGGCUGGUUGGACUAUACGAAAUGGCCUGGCAGAUUGGAGGGCUUGUUGGCUUCUGGAUCAACUAUGGCGUCUCAGAGACCAUGUCACCCUCCCAUGAGCAAUGGAUCAUUCCGUUUGCCAUCCAACUCAUCCCGGCUGGGCUUUUGUUCUUGGGCGCAUGGGUCAUCAAAGAAUCGCCCAGAUGGCUCUUCUCCCGCGGACGCCGUGAAGAAGGAGUCAAGAACUUAUGCUGGCUGCGAAAGCUUCCGGCCGAUCAUAUCUAUAUGCAAGAAGAGAUUUUUGUCCUCGACAACGCCAUCGAGCUUCAACGUUCCACGGUCGGCUUGGGCUUCUGGCAACCGUUCCGAGCAGUUUUCACCGACCGCAAAGUCACCUAUCGCUUCCUCCUUGGUGGUUCCCUCUUCCUGUGGCAGAACGCGACAGGAAUUAACGCGAUAAACUAUUACAGUCCCACGGUAUUUAAGUCGAUUGGGGUCACCGGCACCAAUACCUCCCUCCUAACUACCGGCAUCUUCGGAGUCAUCAAGACCGUCGUUACUUUGUUUUGGCUCUUCAUUCUCAUCGACAAACUCGGCCGCCGCGCGCUUCUCAUGUACGGGGCCGUCGCGGGCUCUCUCUGCAUGUGGUACAUUGGAGGCUAUAUCGCAGUGGCAAAACCUGCCGACCAUCCAAGCGAUACGCUCUCGUCGGGCGGUAUCUCGGCUAUGGCUUUCUUCUACCUAUGGACAGUUUGUUAUACGCCAUCAUGGAACGGAACUCCGUGGGUUUUGAACUCGGAAAUGUUCGAUCAGAACGUUAGAACUCUGGCGCAGGCAUUUGCCGCUGCGAACAACUGGUUUUGGAACUUUAUCAUUGCUCGCUUCACGCCUCAAAUGUUCGCCGCAAUGUCCUACGGCGUAUACAUGUUUUUCGCCUCCCUCAUGCUCUGCGCCGCCGUCUAUGUCUACUUCCUGGUACCCGAGACCAAGGGCAUCCCUCUCGAAUCCAUGGACCGCCUCUUUAGCCGAGAAUACCCUGCGAGGCGGGCACACAAGAUCGUCCUCGGCCAGAUCCGCAUGGAGGACCAAGAGUUCCGACGGCAGAGUAUUGGUGGUGAAAAGGAGUCUGUCGAGGAACGCGAGGUUGCCGUGGAGAAGGUGUAG